GGAAAAGAACAGCAAGUGCAAGAACAGGCAUUCCGUCCUUCCUGCCGGCAGAUUAAACCAGCUGUCAAGCCUGAGUGAAGGAUCAGCCCGGGAGUGAAGGAGACAAUCUCUUAGUGGAACUCUGAGAUGUGAGUUUCAGUGAAUCGGCUCAUGAAGGGGAACCUGGCUGGCCUGCGCUGAGACGAGAAUGGCAGCUCCUUCUGGGCACAGCUUCUUUCUGAUCGGGGCGCUGGGCGUCUUUGCACUCAACUGCUUCACCAGGGCUCAGAGGAACGGCACGCUCAUCUUCACCAAGGAAAACACCAUUCGGAAGUGCAGCUGCUCAGCAGACAUCCGAGACUGUGACUACAGUUUGGCCAACCUGAUGUGCAGCUGUAAAACCGUGCUGCCUCUUGCCGUUGAGCAAACGAGCUAUAGUGACCGUCUGACCAUCUGGUUCACAGACACGUCUGCGCUGGGGCUCCUGCUGAACUUCACGCUUGUCCGGGACCUGAAGCUUUCCCUAUGCAGUACCAACACUCUCCCCACUGAAUACCUGGCUAUUUGCGGUCUGAAGAGGCUUCGGGUCAGCACGGAGGCCAAGCAUCCCUCCCCUGAACAGAGUUUACUCAUCCACGACGGUGGGGAGAGUGAAUCCAGAGAGAAGCCCACAUUCCAGCGAGGCUGGCAAACAUGUAUGUAUCUCUCCUUCUUAGAUAUGGCACUCUUCAACAGGGAGUCCGCCUUAAAAUCAUACAGUGUUGCGAACUCUGCCAGCAUGGCCAACAACUUCCCCUGCUUUUCCCACCUUAAAACCUUCCCAGUUCUAAACAACAAAAGCUACGUCGUCACCUUCAUUUACUAA